AUGGAGCUUUCGUUUCGUGAUUUUGUCCAACGCUAUGACCGACCAAUUUUUCAGCUGUCGGGCGGUGGUGCGCCGAUGCCAAUCACGGGCUUGAGACCGCGUCAGUUAGGGCCGCUGGAAAGUUUUGAAGAUGUUCACGAACGACGGUGGUUGAGCGACGCACCAGGGCACGCUAUCCCGCAUCAGGACCGACUCCCAGCAAUCCGCCAGAUCGGGUCUGCCGCUAAACCGGUUAUGGCUAGCGCUAGUCCCAGGAUGGUGAUCCCGGAGGGCAAGCCGAAUCCGGCCGCGCCGGUACAAAUCGACAAUCUACUCUUCUAG